GGAGGUUUUGUUGCUCGGGCUCUUCCCCACCAUGUGCAUACCAGAGACAAGAAAAAAAAAAAAACAUCCAGACACUGAGCUGCAAACUCCCGAUCACAACAGAAACUUCUCAUCAGACACUCCAUGUGAAGAAAUGUAGGAUAAAUGUAUCAUCUGAUCUCUCUGGCAGCACAGAGAGGGGGGCUGAGGGGAAAGGGGUGGUCCGUCUGAACUACAGAUCCUAUUACAGACAUCCAGACUGUUUCAUGGCAAGUUUCUUUUUUUUUGGAAGUGGGGGGAGGGCGAAUCUGCAACUUUUCUCGGCCUGAUGUCUUUUUUUUUUUUAAUUUAAUACUACUCAGCCUAAAUGCUUCUGAUGAAACAUUGGGGUUGUGAAUAGACGAUGCGCUUUGUUCUUGCACUGAGGAUACAUUGCAUUUGGAGCUGAUCGGAUUUUUGGAUAAUGAAGGAAUUGGAAAAGGAUCCAGCGAGGACCGGACGAGACGCGCAGAACAGAAAAGUUUUGGAGAACUGCGAGAAAACUUUGUUGCGCCCCUGAAGUUCCUCUCACCGUGGACACGUAUUAGACAUCUGAUGAAGAAAGCUUCCUCCUUGUUUCUUUAGAAACAGGAGAAGUGACUAGAAUCCAAGUCUCUUUUUUCUUUUCUUUUUUGUUUUGCACAGUUGAACCUCUCUUCUCCCAAGAUGUCUUCCCAGGGUCGGAGCCCCAUUGUUGGAUUUUACGCGAUGCUGUGCGUCUGGGCAGCCUGGCUUUCAGGCUCCGGGGCGGUGUUGUCUCCAAACGGGACUACAUUUGAGGACCACUGCAAGAAAACCUCAACUUGCGAGGCACUGAAAUACAACACAUGUCUGGGGUCGCCUUUGCCGUACACACACACUUCUCUGAUCCUGGCAGAGGACUCCAGCACCCAAGAGGAGGCUUUUGAGAAGUUGACCAUGUGGUCCGGUCUGCGUAACGCUCCUCGCUGUUGGUCCGUCAUCCAGCCUUUGCUCUGUGCCGUCUACAUGCCCAAAUGUGAGAACGGUCGGGUGGAGCUGCCCAGUCAGAGCCUGUGUUUGGCUACACGUCAACCAUGCAGCAUCGUAGACCAGGAGAGAGGCUGGCCCAGCUUCCUCAAGUGUGACAAAUUCCCUGUUGGCUGUUCGAACGAGGUGCAGAAGCUGAAGUUCAACAUGUCAGGCCAGUGUGAAGCUCCUCUGGUGAAGACAGACAUUCAGUCCAGUUGGUACAAGGACGUGGAGGGCUGCGGUAUCCAGUGUGACAACCCUCUGUUCACCCAGGAGGAGCACAACGACAUGCACGCCUACAUCGCUUACUUCGGCACCAUCACCCUCCUCUGCACCUUCUUCACCCUGGCAACGUUUCUUGCUGACUGGAAGAACUCCAACCGCUACCCGGCUGUCAUUCUCUUCUACAUCAACGCCUGUUUUUUCGUGGGCAGCAUCGGAUGGCUGGCCCAGUUCCUGGAUGGAGCGCGGGACGAGAUUGUGUGCAAGAGCGACAACACCAUGCGACUCGGCGAGCCGUCGUCUUCCGAGACGCUGUCGUGUGUCACCAUCUUCAUCAUCGUGUACUACUCCCUGAUGUCGGGCGUGAUUUGGUUCGUCAUGCUGACCUACGCCUGGCACACGUCCUUCAAAGCUCUGGGCACGACGCAACAGCCGCUGUCUGGCAGAACCUCCUACUUCCACAUGGUCACCUGGUCCAUCCCAUUCGUCCUCACUGUGGCCAUCCUGGCUAUCGCUGAGGUGGAUGGAGACUCUGUGAGUGGGAUCUGUUUUGUCGGCUAUAAGAACUACAGAUACCGUGCUGGGUUUGUGCUGGCCCCCAUUGGAGUGGUGCUUGUUGUCGGAGGCUACUUCCUCAUUCGGGGUGUCAUGACUUUGUUUUCCAUUAAGAGUAACCACCCAGGACUGCUGAGUGAGAAAGCUGCCAGCAAAAUCAACGAGACGAUGCUGAGACUUGGUAUUUUUGGAUUCCUCGCUUUUGGCUUUGUUUUUAUCACCUUCGGCUGCCACUUCUAUGACUUCUUCAACCAGGCUGAAUGGGAGAGGAGCUUCAGAGAAUACGUGCUGUGUGAAGCCAACGUGACCAUCGCUUCUCAGACCAACAAGCCAAUCCCAGAAUGCACCAUUAAGAACCGGCCCAGCCUGAUGGUGGAGAAAAUCAACCUGUUCUCUAUGUUUGGGACGGGAAUUGCUAUGAGUACCUGGGUCUGGACCAAGGCCACCAUCCUCAUCUGGAAACGGACCUGGUGCAAGAUUAUUGGCCGCAGUGACAACGAACCCAAGAGGAUCAAGAAGAGCAAGAUGAUUGCCAAGGCAUUUGCGUUGAGGAAGGAACUUCACAAGGACCCAGAGAAGGAGCUGUCCUUCAGCAUGCACACCGUGUCCCAUGAUGGACCAGUGGCCGGAAUCAAUUUUGAGCUAAAUGAGCCAUCGAAUGAUAUGUCAUCAGCCUGGGCGCAGCAUGUGACCAAGAUGGUGGCCAGGCGAGGUGCCAUCCUGCCCCAGGACAUCUCCGUUACUCCUACUGGUACACCAGUGCCACCCCCAGAGGAGAGGAACAGGCUGUGGAUGGUGGAGGCCGAGAUCUCACCAGAGAUGAUAAAGAGGAAAAAGAAGAAGAAGAAGAGGAAGAAGGAAGUGCGUCCCGUGGAGGAAGCGGUGGACAACCAAGCUUAUCGCGAGCGCGAGUUCGGCCGCAGCUCGGUGCCUCGCUUGCCCAAAUUGCCAUCCCACCCGAGUCUGGUCGCUAAUCUGCGGGAGCAUCAGAGGCAACAGCAGAAGCUGGAGGAGGAAGUCCUGCCAGGGUCCUACCCAGAUAUCCAACCUUCCUACAUCCUGUCCUGUGAGGAGAGGUGUCCCUAUCCAUCUUACCAGAGCAGUCGGUACAACUAUGGCCGCAGCCACCCCCCACCCUUCAACGACCGCCCGGAGGAUCUGGGUAUCGGCCCGCGCUGCCUCCCCUCAGCCUCCACCUGGCAGCCCAGUGGACCUUCCCGCUACCGGGGGGAGAUGGAUCUCACCGACGGGCUGUCAGAGAGGUUGGCCCACGUGGCUCGGGUACCCACAGGACGAAGGGCCGGCUACGGACCCAUUCACUCCAGGACCAAUUUAAUGGAGGCGGAGCUUAUGGAUGCCGAUUCUGACUUCUAAGAACACAGCUCCGAUGUAUUGCUUUGUGGUACACAGACAGUAAGCUACAAAAAGUGCUGGAUACUUUCAAAAUUCUUACUAAAGUGCAUUUAGCGGUCCAAAUGGAACUAAGCCGGUAAGUUUUUUGUUUUGUUUUUUUUUGUGAAUAAAAAAAGGGAUAAAGUGAAAAAUAUGUUGUGAAUAAGUUAAUGAAAACUAUUUUUUGUAUACUUUAUUUGUGUAAAACAAAAUUUCAAUGGCAACUCCAUGAUGGCAAGACAAAAGGCAGCUAAACUCUUUAUAUGGCUUGAAACAGAACCCCCCCUAUGUAUUUAUCAGCUAGUAUCAGCCCGGCCAGACAUCCAACUCUUCUGUCAUAGAUGAAAUACAAUUUGAAACUCUCAACUUGUUUUUGGAAAUGAUUAUUAAGGCAUUUGAAGAUGAAGGCAGUCAAUAAAAAGUCAAUUAUAUUCUUAAUCUUUGAAUCACAGCUUGUGUGAGAAUUAUUUUUUUACAGAAGACUAUACAAGUUUUAAAAAACAUCUUAUUUUGUGUUAUAUUUUAACGUUUUUAAGACUCCCAUGUCUCUCUUCCCACCACUAUUUAGCCAUUAAUUACUAUGUGUAUGUACAGUUAACUUGUGGUGCUAUUUGCAUUAUGCUCGGUUGCCUGGUGCAAUAAACCAACAAUUAGCCUAUUUUUGUCUGUCGAAAAAAAAAGACUGAAAAAAUGCUGUUGCUGUCUUUUUCUCAAUGCGUUUUCCUUAAAAGUGUUAUUUUUAUUACAGCAGUAUUUCUACUUUUGUUAACCUGUUCUACAUAUUCGAUAUAAACUGGCCUUCAUAUGUGUUUUUUCCUUUCUUCCGUUCAAAAUCUCUAUUGUUUGAUGUAUAUUAGACAGCAGUGUGCUUAGAAGUCACUUUUUAUGUUAAUACUUCUAUUUCACAGUCUCUCUUUCUAAAUGUGUGUUAUGUAUAUAGGUUGUUCAUAGAUUUCUCAAUAAGGGUAUUAUUUGUACAGAUUUAUAUAUCAAAACACGUGAUCACUCUGCUGAUAUGAUCAAUAAAAAGGGAAGAGUCAACUAUGCUAUAAAAAGUUGUCACUGUACUUGUGCUGUAACCAAAAUGUCACCUAGUAUUGUCAUGUUACACUCAAUAUGCAUAAAUGAUGCUGAAGUAGACUGUGAUUCUUAGCCAACGCUAAGUAGUUUGUCUAAUGUAAGUGUCUCGAUAUUCAUGUGAGAUGUGUAUGAUAGAGAAAUAUUUAUGUUAUAAGUAGUAACCACUGCUAUGAAUUCAACAAUAUAGGGAGUUGGUCAACAAAAUACAGAAUAGCUGAUAUCCACCCAAAAUGUGUUAUGUUCAGAGAUUAUUAAGAGGACAAAUGAAGAUUAUUGUUUUACUUUGUUUGCCAUGAAAAGUAAUCAUUUCUCUUUUGUAAGCUGUCAAAAAGAUUUAGGCGUAACAGCAGGCCUUGAGAUGCUUUCUGUGUUUAGUCUACCAACUGUGUAAAAAGAAGUUUACUGUCACUUUGUGCAGCUGUACUUUUCUGUUUUUAUAUGUAAAUAAAAGGAA